UAGAGCCACUGGUAAGUGUGUUAUCAGUUCUACCAAGUGCAAUACCAAAUAUACUGAGCUAGCACUGCAGGCCUACAAGUUUACAAUGAACAACAAGCUGUCACGUAUCACCAGAAAGCCUGCUCCCAUCUGCCCAGUUACAGUCAAGCAUGCAUUAUCUCACCCUCUCACGUGUGCGCGAAACGCCACCGCAUUGGUCAUUUCAGACCAGGGGAGUGCUUUUGUUAUAAUUCAGGAAGAACCCUACUCCUUUCAAAAAUAGUUGGGGAUUUUUGUCAGAAUUACAUUAUUUUCAAAUGAAAUUAUUAUAAUCCUGAGCACUAUCGAGUGUGGAUAGCGAGCUCCUGUGUCGAGCAAAUAGAACACUUCCCAUCACCUGCCAAUCAAUCACCAUUCCAGCCCAUCCACCCCACCUGUGUGGUCGGACCAGGUCUGGCCCGUUGGCAUGGCGAUGAUGGAGGAAGGGGCACGGAGCUGCCUGCUUCAGUCACGCUCCAGCCUGGAGCAGGACAUCAGGGCUUCCUACCUGAUGGAUCACAUGAUCAGUGACGGUGUGCUGACGGGGGACGAGGAGGACAGGAUCAGGAGCAAGCCCACCAGGAAAGAGCAGGCGGCGGCCCUGCUGGAGCUGCUCCUGAGGAAGGAUAACCAGGCCUACAUCUCCUUCUACAACGCCCUGGUCCGCGAGAGCUACGGAGACCUGGCCAGCCUGCUCCACAACAGCCUGCCCCUGGUCUCCCCUGAGGCUGAGAAGAGCUUCUCAGACGGUGGCACCCACUAUGUCCAGGCGGUGCUGAGUGAGGGCGGCGUGCCCCAGAGACCCGUGGUGUUUGUGAGCCGGCCAGCCCUGAUGAACCGGGUCAGGGAGAAGCUCUACCGCUUGCAGAAGGAGCCCGGCUGGGUCACUGUGUUCGGCAUGGCCGGCUCCGGCAAGUCUGUCUUGGCUGCGGAGGCAGUCCGAGACCACGCACUCAUCACAGAGUGUUUUCCGGGAGGAGUCCACUGGCUGUCCGUAGGCCAGCUGGACCGGUCUGAUCUGCUGGUUAGGAUUCAGUCACUGUGUUUCCGUCUGGAGCAGCAGAGCCAGGAGAAAGACCCCUCAUCCUCACUCCACCGGCCUCCUGGCUCUCUGGAGGAGGCCAAGGAGCGACUACGCUUCCUCAUGCUCCGUUGUUACCCCAGGUCGUUGCUGAUACUGGAUGACAUCUGGGACAGCUCGGUGCUCAAGGCCUUUGACAUCCAGUGUCGAGUACUGCUCACCACCCGAGACAGAAGCCUAGCUGACUGUGUCAGCGGUUCUAAGUCUGAGGUGGCAGUGGAGAGUGGACUGGAGGAGGAUCAGGCCUUGGAGAUCCUCGCCCUGUAUGUCAACGGGAAACCCCAGAGACUCCCAGAACAGGCCCGCAGCAUUGUCAGAGAGUGCAAAGGCUCCCCCUUGGUGGUGUCCCUAAUCGGGGCCCUGCUGCGGGAGUUCCCGGACCGCUGGGCCUACUACCUGCACACGCUCCAGCAGAAGAAGUUCAAGCGUAUCCGUAAGUCGUCUUCGUAUGACUACGAUGCCCUUGACCAGGCCAUGGCUGCCAGCAUCCAGGUCCUCUCUGAGGAACACAGGGAGCGGUACAUUGACCUCACCGUGCUGGAGAAGGACGUCAAAGUACCUGCCAAGGUUCUGUCGGUUCUGUGGGAUCUAGAACCGGAGGAGGUGGAGGACAUUCUCCAGGACUUUGUGAACAAGUCCCUACUGUUCCGUGACUGUCACCACCGGCCCUACCUCUACUACCUCCACGACCUCCAGCUGGACUUCCUGGCUGAGAUGAACCGCUCUGGCCUAGAGAGCCUUCACACCAAGGUGGUGCGUCAGUACCAGCAGCGCUACAGCCAUGGUCCCCCCACCUCAGGAGAUGAAGAGUGCCUCUACUGGUUCAGAUUCCUCACCUACCACAUGGCCAAGGCCAACCUCACACAGGAGUUGUGCUCUCUGAUGUUCUCUCUGGACUGGGUCAGAACUAAAGCUCAGAUUAUGGGACCGGCUCAUCUCAUCAAUGACUAUGUGGAGUACGGCGCCAUACUGGACAAAGAGAACAGCGAGUUGCGGGGCCACUUCCAGGAGUUCCUGUCUCUGAACGGCCACCAGUUGGAGCAGCGUCCGUUCCCUGACGUAGUGCAGCUGGCCCUGUCCCAGCCAGACUCCUCUGAGGUGUACCUCCAGGCCCUGCUGCAGGCGCAGGAGAGGGCCACCAGAGGGGGACUCUACCUUGACUGGGUGAACAAAAGUAGUCUGAAGAGCCUGUCUCGUCUGGUGGUCCAGGCCCACCAGGGAUCCAUCUACUCUGCCUGCUUCUCCCACGACGGCACCAAGAUCGCCUCCUGUGGCUCCAGCAAGACACUGCGAGUGUUUAAGAGCACGUCUGGGGAGAAGCUGCUGGAGAUCCAGGCCCACGACGAUGAGGUGCUCUGCUGCGCCUUCUCCCCGGAUGACCGUCUCCUAGCAACCUGCUCCAGUGAUAGGAAGGUCAAGGUUUGGAAUGUGGAGUGUGGGACUCUGAUGAGGAUGUUUGAGGACGAACACGAGGAGCAGGUCAACCACUGUCAGUUCACCAACACACACCGACGCCUCCUACUGGCCACCUGUUCCAACGACAAGUUCAUGAACACUAAGCUGUGGAACAUCAAUAAACCCUCCUCCCAGAACACCAUGUUUGGUCAUUUGGAGCCUGUCAAUCACUGCUGUUUCUCCCCUGAUGACGCCUACCUCUCCACCUCUUCCAGCGACGGAACCCUGAAGCUGUGGGAGGUGUCCUCGGCUAAUGAGUGGAAGUCCAUAGACGUGGCGGACACGUUCCCGGAGCAGAGAGAGCAGACGGAGGUCAUGGUGAAGUGCAGCACCUGGUCAGCAGACGGCAGGACCAUCAUCUGUGCUGCCAGGAACGCAGUCUUUGUGUUUGAUGUAGAGACGGUGGCCAUGUUGUUGGAGAUCCGGACCAGUCGUCUGAGCACGGUGCAGUACUGUCACGCCUGUCCCAGCAGCAACCUGUUGGCCAUCGCACUGUCACACUAUGCUGUGGAGCUGUGGGACAUAGAGACCAGUAAGAAGAUGGCUGACUGUAGUGGUCAUCUGAGCUGGGUCCAUGGAGUCCAGUUCUCCCCUGACGGAUCUCUACUGCUCUCCUGUUCUGACGACCAGACCGUCAGGGUGUGGGAGACUAAAAAAGUCCACACCUCAUCAGCUGUCUGUCUGAAGAGGGAUUCUGACGUGCUCUUUAACAACGGUGACAUUACCGUGGUCGCCGCCGACAACCGCAACAGACUGCAGGUGAGGAAUGGGAGGACCGGAGCGGUGAUGUUCCAGUCAGAGAACCAGGAGUCUCGUAUCCGCUGCACUGCGAUCUGCUCACAGACCUCAGCCGUGGGGCUGGGACGAGAGGAUGGGACGAUACAGGCAGGAGGGAAGACAGUUAGGCAGGUACUGAGGACCAUUGGAUGGAGGACUCUACAGCGGCUGACCCCUCACAGGGGCUUGUUGCUGGCGCUAGGGCUAGAAACAGGCAGUGCGCAGGUGUUGGAGGUGCCGUCGGGGACCUCUCUAGCCACUCUUCAGGGUCACACCAGGGCAGUUCUCCACUGCCAGUUCACCCCGGAGGGACACACACUCAUCACCUCCUCUGAGGACACCACCAUACGGGUGUGGAGGUGGAGGACAGGUGAGUGUGUGGUUCUGGAGGGCCACAAGGAGCAGGUCAGAUGCUUCUCUCUGCUCACCACCUCACCCUCCUCAGAGACACAUCUCCUCAGCUGGUCCUUUGACGGCACCAUCAAGGUGUGGGACAUGUCUAGUGGUGAACGGCUGCAGGACCUAGUAUGUCACCAGGGGGCAGUGCUAGCCUGUGACGUGUUGCCUGACGGACAGCUCUUCGCCACCACCUCCGCUGACAAGACUGCCAAGGUGUGGAGCAGUGCAUCGUGGGAGUGCGUGCGCCUGUUGAACGGCCACCAGGACUGUGUCCGCAGCUGCCGCUUCUCUUGGGACGGCCGGCGCCUAGCAACCGGCGACGACAACGGAGAGAUACGGCUGUGGAACAUGAAGGAUGGUACUCUACUAAAGAUCUGUUCCCGUGACAACAAGGACGCCAUGGACUCUCUGCACGGAGGCUGGGUGACCGACCUGCACUUCUCCCCAGACAACACUGUGCUGCUGUCUACAGGAGGAUACAUUAAGUGGUGGAACGUGGAGAAAGGAGAGGCCCUCCAGACCUUCUACCCGACAGGAGCCAAUCUGAAAAGGAUCCACGUGUCACCUGACUUCUCCACGUUCGUCACCAUCGACAAUAUCGGAAUCCUCUACAUCCUGAAGAAGGUGGAAUGAGGAGGCAUAGCUCAUUAGUCUAAAGUGGUUUCCUUAUAGCUCAUUAGUCUAAAGGGGGCGUAGCACAAUAAUGGAAAUAGCUCUCGUCUCCUCUCCUUGCAUUGAUCUGAAAGAGCCAGACAGGUGAGAGCCAAUGUCCGUUAGUCAUCUGCCAUGUUGCUUUAGCCUGCGUUCUCAGAGCAGAUCAGGUGAAGAACAGGAGAUCUGCUGAAGGACAAUCAUUUCUCCUGCUCUGCCUUCUGCAUGUUAUAACAGUCAAACACAACAAAAUACAUCAUUUCUCCUGCUCUGCCUUCUGCAUGUCACAACAGUCAAACAAUCACAACAAAAUACAUCAUUUCUCCUGCUCUGCCUUCUGCAUGCCAUAACAGUCAAACACAACAAAAUACAUCAUUUCUCCUGCUCUGCCUUCUGCAUGCCACAACAGUCAAUCACAACAAAAUACAUCAUUUCUCCUGCUCUGCCUUCUACAUGUUACAACAGUCAAACACAACAAAAUACAUCAUUUCUCCUGCUCUGCCUUCUGCAUGUCACAACAGUCACACACAACAAAAUACAUCAUUUCUCCUGCUCUGCCUUCUGCAUGUCACAACAGUCACACACAACAAAAUACAUCAUUUCUCCUGCUCUGCCUUCUGCAUGUCACAACAGUCAAACACAACAAAAUACAUCAUUUCUCCUGCUCUGCCUUCUGCAUGUCACAACAGUCACACAAUCACAACAAAAUACAUAAUUUCUCCUGCUCUGCCUUCUGCAUGUCACAACAGUCAAUCACAACAAAAUACAUCAUUUCUCCUGCUCUGCCUUCUGCAUGUCACAACAGUCAAACACAACAAAAUACAUCAUUUCUCCUGCUCUGCCUUCUGCAUGUCACAACAGUCAAUCACAACACAAUACAUCAUUUCUCCUGCUCUGCCUUCUGCAUGCCACAACAGUCACACAAUCACAACAAAAUACAUCAUUUCUCCUGCUCUGCCUUCUGCAUGUCACAACAGUCAAACACAACAAAAUACAUAAUUUCUCCUGCUCUGCCUUCUGCAUGUCACAACAGUCAAACACAACAAAAUACAUAAUUUCUCCUGCUCUGCCUUCUGCAUGCCAUAACAGUCACACAAACACAACAAAAUACAUCAUUUCUCCUGCUCUGCCUUCUGCAUGCCAUAACAGUCACACAAUCACAACAAAAUACAUCAUUUCUCCUGCUCUGCCUUCUGCAUGUCACAACAGUCACACAAUCACAACAAAAUACAUCAUUUCUCCUGCUCUGCCUUCUGCAUGCCACAACAGUCACACAAUCACAACAAAAUACAUAAUUUCUCCUGCUCUGCCUUCUGCAUGCCACAACAGUCAAUCACAACAAAAUACAUCAUUUCUCCUGCUCUGCCUUCUGCAUGUCACAACAGUCACACAAUCACAACAAAAUACAUCAUUUCUCCUGCUCUGCCUUCUGCAUGCCACAACAGUCAAUCACAACAAAAUACAUCAUUUCUCCUGCUCUGCCUUCUGCAUGUCACAACAGUCACACAAUCACAACAAAAUACAUCAUUUCUCCUGCUCUGCCUUCUGCAUGCCACAACAGUCAAUCACAACAAAAUACAUCAUUUCUCCUGCUCUGCCUUCUGCAUGUCACAACAGUCAAUCACAACAAAAUACAUCAUUUCUCCUGCUCUGCCUUCUGCAUGCCAUAACAGUCAAUCACAACACAAUACAUCAUUUCUCCUGCUCUGCCUUCUGCAUGCCACAACAGUCAAACACAACACAAUACAUCAUUUCUCCUGCUCUGCAUUCUGCAUGCCACAACAGUCACACAAUCACAACAAAAUACAUCAUUUCUCCUGCUCUGCCUUCUGCAUGUCACAACAGUCAAACAACCACAACAAAAUACAUCAUUUCUCCUGCUCUGCCUUCUGCAUGCCACAACAGUCACACAAUCACAACAAAAUACAUCAUUUCUCCUGCUCUGCCUUCUGCAUGUCACAACAGUCACACAAUCACAACAAAAUACAUCAUUUCUCCUGCUCUGCCUUCUGCAUGUCACAACAGUCACACAAUCACAACAAAAUACAUCAUUUCUCCUGCUCUGCCUUCUGCAUGCCACAACAGUCACACACAACAAAAUACAUCAUUUCUCCUGCUCUGCCUUCUGCAUGUCACAACAGUCAAUCACAACAAAAUACAUCAUUUCUCCUGCUCUGCCUUCUGCAUGCCACAACAGUCAAUCACAACAAAAUACAUCAUUUCUCCUGCUCUGCCUUCUGCAUGUCACAACAGUCACACAACCACAACAAAAUACAUCAUUUCUCCUGCUCUGCCUUCUGCAUGUCACAACAGUCAAUCACAACAAAAUACAUCAUUUCUCCUGCUCUGCCUUCUGCAUGCCACAACAGUCAAUCACAACAAAAUACAUCAUUUCUCCUGCUCUGCCUUCUGCAUGUCACAACAGUCAAUCACAACAAAAUACAUCAUUUCUCCUGCUCUGCCUUCUGCAUGUCACAACAGUCAAACAAUCACAACAAAAUACAUCAUUUCUCCUGCUCUGCCUUCUGCAUGUCACAACAGUCACACAAUCACAACAAAAUACAUCAUUUCUCCUGCUCUGCCUUCUGCAUGCCACAACAGUCAAACACAACAAAAUACAUCAUUUCUCCUGCUCUGCCUUCUGCAUGCCACAACAGUCAAACACAACAAAAUACAUCAUUUCUCCUGCUCUGCCUUCUGCAUGUCACAACAGUCACACAAUCACAACAAAAUACAUCAUUUCUCCUGCUCUGCCUUCUGCAUGCCACAACAGUCAAACAACCACAACAAAAUACAUCAUUUCUCCUGCUCUGCCUUCUGCAUGCCACAACAGUCAAACAACCACAACAAAAUACAUCAUUUCUCCUGCUCUGCCUUCUGCAUGCCACAACAGUCAAACAACCACAACAAAAUACAUCAUUUCUCCUGCUCUGCCUUCUGCAUGUCACAACAGUCAAACAACCACAACAAAAUACAUAAUUUCUCCUGCUCUGCCUUCUGCAUGCCAUAACAGUCAAUCACAACAAAAUACAUCAUUUCUCCUGCUCUGCCUUCUGCAUGUCACAACAGUCACACAACCACAACAAAAUACAUCAUUUCUCCUGCUCUGCCUUCUGCAUGUCACAACAGUCACACAACCACAACAAAAUACAUCAUUUCUCCUGCUCUGCCUUCUGCAUGUCACAACAGUCAAUCACAACAAAAUACAUCAUUUCUCCUGCUCUGCCUUCUGCAUGCCACAACAGUCAAUCACAACAAAAUACAUCAUUUCUCCUGCUCUGCCUUCUGCAUGCCAUAACAGUCAAUCACAACAAAAUACAUCAUUUCUCCUGCUCUGCCUUCUGCAUGCCACAACAGUCAACCACAACAAAAUACAUAAUUUCUCCUGCUCUGCCUUCUGCAUGUCACAACAGUCAAACAAUCACAACAAAAUACAUAAUUUCUCCUGCUCUGCCUUCUGCAUGCCAUAACAGUCACACAAUCACAACAAAAUACAUCAUUUCUCCUGCUCUGCCUUCUGCAUGUCACAACAGUCACACAAUCACAACAAAAUACAUCAUUUCUCCUGCUCUGCCUUCUGCAUGCCACAACAGUCACACAAUCACAACAAAAUACAUCAUUUCUCCUGCUCUGCCUUCUGCAUGCCACAACAGUCACACAAUCACAACAAAAUACAUCAUUUCUCCUGCUCUGCCUUCUGCAUGUCACAACAGUCAAUCACAACAAAAUACAUCAUUUCUCCUGCUCUGCCUUCUGCAUGCCACAACAGUCAAUCACAACAAAAUACAUCAUUUCUCCUGCUCUGCCUUCUGCAUGCCAUAACAGUCAAUCACAACAAAAUACAUCAUUUCUCCUGCUCUGCCUUCUGCAUGCCACAACAGUCAACCACAACAAAAUACAUCAUUUCUCCUGCUCUGCCUUCUGCAUGUCACAACAGUCAAACAAUCACAACAAAAUACAUAAUUUCUCCUGCUCUGCCUUCUGCAUGCCAUAACAGUCACACAAUCACAACAAAAUACAUCAUUUCUCCUGCUCUGCCUUCUGCAUGUCACAACAGUCACACAAUCACAACAAAAUACAUCAUUUCUCCUGCUCUGCCUUCUGCAUGCCACAACAGUCACACAAUCACAACAAAAUACAUCAUUUCUCCUGCUCUGCCUUCUGCAUGCCACAACAGUCAAUCACAACAAAAUUCAUCAUUUCUCCUGCUCUGCCUUCUGCAUGUCACAACAGUCACACAAUCACAACAAAAUACAUCAUUUCUCCUGCUCUGCCUUCUGCAUGCCACAACAGUCAAUCACAACAAAAUACAUAAUUUCUCCUGCUCUGCCUUCUGCAUGUCACAACAGUCACACAAUCACAACAAAAUACAUCAUUUCUCCUGCUCUGCCUUCUGCAUGCCACAACAGUCAAUCACAACAAAAUACAUCAUUUCUCCUGCUCUGCCUUCUGCAUGUCACAACAGUCAAUCACAACAAAAUACAUCAUUUCUCCUGCUCUGCCUUCUGCAUGCCAUAACAGUCAAUCACAACACAAUACAUCAUUUCUCCUGCUCUGCCUUCUGCAUGCCACAACAGUCAAACACAACACAAUACAUCAUUUCUCCUGCUCUGCAUUCUGCAUGCCACAACAGUCACACAAUCACAACAAAAUACAUCAUUUCUCCUGCUCUGCCUUCUGCAUGUCACAACAGUCAAACAACCACAACAAAAUACAUCAUUUCUCCUGCUCUGCCUUCUGCAUGCCACAACAGUCACACAAUCACAACAAAAUACAUCAUUUCUCCUGCUCUGCCUUCUGCAUGCCACAACAGUCACACAAUCACAACAAAAUACAUAAUUUCUCCUGCUCUGCCUUCUGCAUGUCACAACAGUCACACAAUCACAACAAAAUACAUCAUUUCUCCUGCUCUGCCUUCUGCAUGUCACAACAGUCACACAAUCACAACAAAAUACAUCAUUUCUCCUGCUCUGCCUUCUGCAUGCCACAACAGUCACACACAACAAAAUACAUCAUUUCUCCUGCUCUGCCUUCUGCAUGUCACAACAGUCAAUCACAACAAAAUACAUCAUUUCUCCUGCUCUGCCUUCUGCAUGCCACAACAGUCAAUCACAACAAAAUACAUCAUUUCUCCUGCUCUGCCUUCUGCAUGUCACAACAGUCACACAACCACAACAAAAUACAUCAUUUCUCCUGCUCUGCCUUCUGCAUGUCACAACAGUCAAUCACAACAAAAUACAUCAUUUCUCCUGCUCUGCCUUCUGCAUGCCACAACAGUCAAUCACAACAAAAUACAUCAUUUCUCCUGCUCUGCCUUCUGCAUGUCACAACAGUCAAUCACAACAAAAUACAUCAUUUCUCCUGCUCUGCCUUCUGCAUGUCACAACAGUCAAACAAUCACAACAAAAUACAUCAUUUCUCCUGCUCUGCCUUCUGCAUGUCACAACAGUCACACAAUCACAACAAAAUACAUCAUUUCUCCUGCUCUGCCUUCUGCAUGCCACAACAGUCAAACACAACAAAAUACAUCAUUUCUCCUGCUCUGCCUUCUGCAUGCCACAACAGUCAAACACAACAAAAUACAUCAUUUCUCCUGCUCUGCCUUCUGCAUGUCACAACAGUCACACAAUCACAACAAAAUACAUCAUUUCUCCUGCUCUGCCUUCUGCAUGCCACAACAGUCAAACACAACAAAAUACAUCAUUUCUCCUGCUCUGCCUUCUGCAUGUCACAACAGUCACACAAUCACAACAAAAUACAUCAUUUCUCCUGCUCUGCCUUCUGCAUGCCACAACAGUCAAACAACCACAACAAAAUACAUCAUUUCUCCUGCUCUGCCUUCUGCAUGCCACAACAGUCAAACAACCACAACAAAAUACAUCAUUUCUCCUGCUCUGCCUUCUGCAUGCCACAACAGUCAAACAACCACAACAAAAUACAUCAUUUCUCCUGCUCUGCCUUCUGCAUGUCACAACAGUCAAACAACCACAACAAAAUACAUAAUUUCUCCUGCUCUGCCUUCUGCAUGCCAUAACAGUCAAUCACAACAAAAUACAUCAUUUCUCCUGCUCUGCCUUCUGCAUGUCACAACAGUCACACAACCACAACAAAAUACAUCAUUUCUCCUGCUCUGCCUUCUGCAUGUCACAACAGUCACACAACCACAACAAAAUACAUCAUUUCUCCUGCUCUGCCUUCUGCAUGUCACAACAGUCAAUCACAACAAAAUACAUCAUUUCUCCUGCUCUGCCUUCUGCAUGCCACAACAGUCAAUCACAACAAAAUACAUCAUUUCUCCUGCUCUGCCUUCUGCAUGCCAUAACAGUCAAUCACAACAAAAUACAUCAUUUCUCCUGCUCUGCCUUCUGCAUGCCACAACAGUCAACCACAACAAAAUACAUCAUUUCUCCUGCUCUGCCUUCUGCAUGUCACAACAGUCAAACAAUCACAACAAAAUACAUAAUUUCUCCUGCUCUGCCUUCUGCAUGCCAUAACAGUCACACAAUCACAACAAAAUACAUCAUUUCUCCUGCUCUGCCUUCUGCAUGUCACAACAGUCACACAAUCACAACAAAAUACAUCAUUUCUCCUGCUCUGCCUUCUGCAUGCCACAACAGUCACACAAUCACAACAAAAUACAUCAUUUCUCCUGCUCUGCCUUCUGCAUGCCACAACAGUCAAUCACAACAAAAUACAUCAUUUCUCCUGCUCUGCCUUCUGCAUGUCACAACAGUCACACAAUCACAACAAAAUACAUCAUUUCUCCUGCUCUGCCUUCUGCAUGCCACAACAGUCAAUCACAACAAAAUACAUCAUUUCUCCUGCUCUGCCUUCUGCAUGUCACAACAGUCACACAAUCACAACAAAAUACAUAAUUUCUCCUGCUCUGCCUUCUGCAUGCCACAACAGUCAAUCACAACAAAAUACAUCAUUUCUCCUGCUCUGCCUUCUGCAUGUCACAACAGUCAAUCACAACAAAAUACAUCAUUUCUCCUGCUCUGCCUUCUGCAUGCCAUAACAGUCAAUCACAACACAAUACAUCAUUUCUCCUGCUCUGCCUUCUGCAUGCCACAACAGUCAAACACAACACAAUACAUCAUUUCUCCUGCUCUGCAUUCUGCAUGCCACAACAGUCACACAAUCACAACAAAAUACAUCAUUUCUCCUGCUCUGCCUUCUGCAUGUCACAACAGUCAAACAACCACAACAAAAUACAUCAUUUCUCCUGCUCUGCCUUCUGCAUGCCACAACAGUCACACAAUCACAACAAAAUACAUCAUUUCUCCUGCUCUGCCUUCUGCAUGUCACAACAGUCACACAAUCACAACAAAAUACAUCAUUUCUCCUGCUCUGCCUUCUGCAUGUCACAACAGUCACACAAUCACAACAAAAUACAUCAUUUCUCCUGCUCUGCCUUCUGCAUGCCACAACAGUCAAACAAUCACAACAAAAUACAUCAUUUCUCCUGCUCUGCCUUCUGCAUGCCACAACAGUCACACACAACAAAAUACAUCAUUUCUCCUGCUCUGCCUUCUGCAUGUCACAACAGUCAAUCACAACAAAAUACAUCAUUUCUCCUGCUCUGCCUUCUGCAUGCCACAACAGUCAAUCACAACAAAAUACAUCAUUUCUCCUGCUCUGCCUUCUGCAUGUCACAACAGUCACACAACCACAACAAAAUACAUCAUUUCUCCUGCUCUGCCUUCUGCAUGUCACAACAGUCAAUCACAACAAAAUACAUCAUUUCUCCUGCUCUGCCUUCUGCAUGUCACAACAGUCAAACAAUCACAACAAAAUACAUCAUUUCUCCUGCUCUGCCUUCUGCAUGCCACAACAGUCAAACAACCACAACAAAAUACAUCACUUCUCCUGCUCUGCCUUCUGCAUGUCACAACAGUCAAUCACAACAAAAUACAUCAUUUCUCCUGCUCUGCCUUCUGCAUGUCACAACAGUCAAUCACAACAAAAUACAUCAUUUCUCCUGCUCUGCCUUCUGCAUGCCACAACAGUCAAUCACAACAAAAUACAUCAUUUCUCCUGCUCUGCCUUCUGCAUGCCAUAACAGUCACACACAACAAAAUACAUCAUUUCUCCUGCUCUGCCUUCUGCAUGCCAUAACAGUCACACAAUCACAACAAAAUACAUCAUUUCUCCUGCUCUGCCUUCUGCAUGUCACAACAGUCACACAAUCACAACAAAAUACAUCAUUUCUCCUGCUCUGCCUUCUGCAUGCCACAACAGUCAAACAACCACAACAAAAUACAUCAUUUCUCCUGCUCUGCCUUCUGCAUGCCACAACAGUCAAACAACCACAACAAAAUACAUCAUUUCUCCUGCUCUGCCUUCUGCAUGUCACAACAGUCAAACAACCACAACAAAAUACAUAAUUUCUCCUGCUCUGCCUUCUGCAUGCCAUAACAGUCAAUCACAACAAAAUACAUCAUUUCUCCUGCUCUGCCUUCUGCAUGUCACAACAGUCACACAACCACAACAAAAUACAUCAUUUCUCCUGCUCUGCCUUCUGCAUGUCACAACAGUCACACAACCACAACAAAAUACAUCAUUUCUCCUGCUCUGCCUUCUGCAUGUCACAACAGUCAAUCACAACAAAAUACAUCAUUUCUCCUGCUCUGCCUUCUGCAUGCCACAACAGUCAAUCACAACAAAAUACAUCAUUUCUCCUGCUCUGCCUUCUGCAUGCCAUAACAGUCAAUCACAACAAAAUACAUCAUUUCUCCUGCUCUGCCUUCUGCAUGCCAUAACAGUCACACACAACAAAAUACAUCAUUUCUCCUGCUCUGCCUUCUGCAUGUCACAACAGUCAAACAAUCACAACAAAAUACAUCAUUUCUCCUGCUCUGCCUUCUGCAUGUCACAACAGUCAAUCACAACAAAAUACAUCAUUUCUCCUGCUCUGCCUUCUGCAUGUCACAACAGUCAAACACAACAAAAUACAUCAUUUCUCCUGCUCUGCCUUCUGCAUGUUACAACAGUCACACAAUCACAACAAAAUACAUCAUUUCUCCUGCUCUGCCUUCUGCAUGCCACAACAGUCAAACAACCACAACAAAAUACAUCAUUUCUCCUGCUCUGCCUUCUGCAUGCCACAACAGUCAAACACAACAAAAUACAUCAUUUCUCCUGCUCUGCCUUCUGCAUGCCACAACAGUCAAACACAACAAAAUACAUAAUUUCUCCUGCUCUGCCUUCUGCAUGCCAUAACAGUCAAACAAUCACAACAAAAUACAUCAUUUCUCCUGCUCUGCCUUCUGUAUGCCACAACAGUCACACAACCACAACAAAAUACAUUUCUCCUGCUCUGCCUUCUGCAUGCCACAACAGUCACACAAUCACAACAAAAUACAUCAUUUCUCCUGCUCUGCCUUCUGCAUGCCAUAACAGUCAAACAAUCACAACAAAAUUGAUAUCCUGACACAAUGAAAUAUUCUGCUUUUCUUAUUGUAUCAGGGGACCAUAGACAAAAAGCAUUUGAUUCUUACUGCACUGGGGUAAAUUGCAUGCAAUGGACAGAUUUUUCUAUGCUCUUUUUAACUAGGAAAAUCUAUGCUAUAAUGAAAUGCACCAGCAUUAUCUGUUGUGAUUCUACAGUGAUGUUGUCAAACAGUGAAUUGGUUUUGUAUUUCUAAGUGCCCAAUGAGUCUUUUGCUUUGUUGAUGUCGUGGCACUCUGCAAAUGGUCAUGAUUGUGUUCCGUCGUCUUAAACAAAGUACAUGUAUUUUUCCCUGUGAAGUUUGGGCGGCAGGGAGCCUAGCGAUUAAGAGCGUUGGGCCAGUAACCUAAAGGUUGCUGGUUCGAAUCUCUGAGCCGACUGGGUGAAACAUCUCUCUUAUGCCCUUCAGCAACGCACUUAACCCUAAUUUGCUCUUGUAAGUCGCUCUGGAUAAGAGCGUCUGUUGACUAAAAUGUAAAAAUGUAGCGGUCUAAACCUGUGUAUUUGGACUAACUAAUGCCUUAAAGGUGGAGUCCGCAGUAUGGGGAAGCCUACCCACUACUGUUGUUGUUGUCCGGGCUGAGGAGCGUCACACAGCAUGGUAAAACUAAUAGCAGGACAUAUUGUGCUCUCCUAUCGCACAUGCACUGAUGUCUGAGGGGGAGAACUGUUGGUCGUUUCCAGUAACUUCUUUGUUGUUGUAAUAUCACAAAUGGACGUGGCUGUUUCACCAUUAAGGAUUCCAGCUUCAAUGUUUUUAAGGGGACAUAUACUAAGGAAAAUGUGGGAAAGCAAAGGAAAGGUCCAAAUGAUAUGGAUCUUUGCAUCAACCAGCUCAGUCUCACGUCAGAUUUAGACGUUCAUCCAUGUCUCUCAAACGUCCAUUCUGAAAGUGUUUAAGGUUAAGUCCAGGCAUUAACUCCAUAUUCUUAAGUUUAGCUAUUGACUGAAUUGUUAAGUUAAGGGAUAAGGUUUGGGUUAGGCUUAACUUUCUAUUGCUGUAUUCGAACUUGCAACCUUUGGAAUCAGAGGGAGAUGCUUCUCCCCCAUCCGCCAUCCCUGUCCACAACGCCCAUCCCUGUCCACAACGCCCAUCCCUGUCCACAACGCCCAUCCCUGUCCACAACGCCCAUCCCUGUCCACAACAGCGCUCAUUGUUGCCCCCCUAGUGGCCGGUUUCCACGUCAUCUCCCAACAUCUUCAGACUUGGAUGGACGUCGAAUCCUGACUUGAAUAACAGGUGACCUGGCUGGUUUGCCAUGUUAUCAACAAAUCACGUUACUGCCAUAAAUGCAUAAAAAAUGUGUAUUGGUUCAGCCCAUUUUCUAGAGCAAAUGAGUAAUUCAAACCUUUACCAAAGGCAUUUGUCAGAAUAGCAUCUGUCGACUAUGUUUACUAUCAAGUUCAAAACUGUUUAGGACGUUUUCUACAAUAAUUAUAUCGAUAGAGACUGUUUUUUUUGUACAAGUCCUUUUUUAUUGUAUAUAUCUUGCUUUCAUACAUUUAGUUUUCUUAUUACUACUGAUCUACACUCUAGUGAGCUUUGUAAAAAGGCACUAUAAUUUUUCUCUUGUGGUCUGUAUCAAGAACAUGGCCUUGUUCCGAUACUUUGACAAUGCAUCCUUACUUCCUUGCUUCCUUCCUUGCUUGACUUCAUCUCUGAUCUGACUCUAUUGAAUAGCUGACCGAUUGCUUCCACUUCAUGGCUGACAAUCCAGAGUCAUUUAAAAUCUGUGAUUAUUGAAGGGAAGGAUGUGUUUUCGAAGUAUUCAAUCUGGGCCUUGUUUUUGAUGUCAGAACAUGUGCUCUUACCUAUUGGUGCUUUAAACUCAGUGUGCAAGUAAAUCAUCAGAGGAGGUCUCUCCCUGUCAAUCAAAUCUGUGAAGUCUCGAGGUGAUCUCAGGACAUGAAUACUGUUAUGGUAAAGUGCUUGUGUGUGGUGUGUAAUUUAUAAUACCUUAGAGAAUAAAACAUUCUAUGACAGCA